GAAGCCUGAGGGAACUGUGGGAGACAGCAGAUAUGAAUCAAAGCAGUGAAGGAUGUAUGAAAAAGAUUAGCAACGUGAAUAUUGACAAACUUAUAAAUGACUUCUCACAGAUAGAAAAGAGGAUGAUAGAAAACAGUGGAAAGAACAAUAUAUUGGAUAUGCAGUUGGAAAAAGCUAACUGUUUAUUGAAAGCAAUGCAAACAAAGGAGGUCGCAAUUAAAGAAGGUGAAAAUGAACAACUAAAAAGAAAUGCUGAUCUUAUGAAAGAAAAGUUAAAAACUCAUGAACAGGAAUAUAAGAAUAGUAUUGCCAAACUUAUGAGUGAAAUGAAAAUCAAAGAGGAGGGACAUAAGACAGAAAUAACAAAACUUUAUCAAGAUAUGCAGAAAAAAGUUGAAUUAAGUGAAGAAAAGAAUAAAGAACUGAUAGAGAAAAAGGAGGUGGAAAUCUCAGAGUUAAAUGCAAAGUUAAGAACUCAAGAAAAGGAAAAACAAAGUGAAAUAAUCAAACUACAGCUAGAGUUUGAUGCCAAACUAGCAAGAGUUCAAACUAAAUCAAAAUCAUAUCCAGAUUCUACUGUUUUGCCACACAGUAUCUACAGAAGGAAGCUUCAGCAUCUUCAAGAAGAAAAAAACAAGGAGAUUGCAGUUCUUCGUAAUACCAUUCACGAUUUAGAGCAACGCCUCUCUGUUAGCAAAGAUUCUCAAUUUAAACUUGCUGGCAAAGAUUCUUACUUUAAGCGUAGACGGUUUUGAGUAUGGAAGUAAAUUCAUUAGUUGCUAUUUAAUUUCUUUAAAAGCAAUUGAAAAUUCACUUCUAUUGUCAAUAUAAC